AUGGAUACCCAAGGCUCGCAUGAACUUUCGAUUACCACUUCUGUGGCAUCGUCAGCUUUGGCAUCCUCAGAAUCUACGGAGUCACCGACAUCUCCCACAUCUCCCACAUCUGAAAUACUUUCAUCACUUCAAGUUCUGCAUUCUACCUCACAGGCUUCUACUACAAGUACUUUCCUGACUAUACCAGAGUCCACUGGCUUCGCUUCAUUGCAUUCUGAAUCGACGAUCUCAGAAAUCGCUACCCACCUUAACAACCCCCCCGUCACACAUGAAUUCACAUUUUCUUUCUGUGAAACAGAUUCCUCAAUGGAAACGCUUGUGACUUCGAGUGCUACUAAAACUACAUCGGACUUGACCCGUAUUACUACAAUAUUAGGAUCCUCACAAACGAAUGCUUUUUCACUGAGCGGCAUGGGGACCGCAGGUAUUCGUGUCAGCACAAACAAAUUUCAUGUUAACGAAAGCAGCCUGAGAGAUGCAUUUAUGAGCCUCUCCGUUUCUCUCCCAAUUCCUAGCGAACAACUGGGCAAAUCUUCUGUAUCAAUGGUUGCCAGCGAGGUAAUUUCAUCCGAUGCAUCUUCAGAACAUUUUUCCAGUUUGGAAUACUCAGAAAAGACACAUCAAACCCCGCUGAACGUCCUUUCAACUACUGUAGGUGCUUCUACCUCACCACUUUCGAUCCCUGCUGCAUCAAAUACUACUCCAAGAUUUUUCGAUAGUAGCUCCUCGAUAUCAAAUCCGUAUUCAUCAGCGUCUGCUUCUGGAGCGAAUAUGCGAAUUUCAGGGGUAAAGGCAUCUUCCGUUUUGAUUACCUCCUCUGUUUCCCCAACAAAGUCUAAAUCGAUAAGCUUGAUACAAAGCACUACUUUGAAUAGAUUGUUGAUCCAUGCCACAAACAGUCAAAUUCGGGGCUAUGCUGGAAGUUCCGUAUUCAAGGUGGAGACUGAAACUUCCAAAUUUGGGUUUUAUAGAUUCACGGGGCCAACCAAAGCUUCAGAUGGCAUUUCUCAAGGUUCGGGUUCUUCCUCAAGCAACACUCAUACGUUAAUUGCUGAUAGUUCUGGCUACUCAGCCUACAAGCGCUCUAGCGCAACCCUGCUGUCAUCCGUACGAUCAGAAUUACCCAUCACAGCUUCUCAUACUUUAGCAGACAGUCCUGACUUUCAUUCAGCAGUUAGUACAACAAGCCAGGAAAGCUCUGUAUUGAGAAAUACUGUAUCUCAGCGUGACAAUGAUAUCUCAAGCUCAACUUCUAAACCAAAAGCGUUUCAUAUUUCCAUUUCAACUGCCAGUCCGGCGCUUGAUCAACAAAUAAUACCUACAGCGAACUCUGGCCACCCAACGCAAGCUCCGUCUAUAACAUCCAGCCUUGGGGUGUUCACAGGCUCAACUGCGUUAGGCUCCGCUUUGAGCGCAAGAAGUCAGUCGCACUCCGACGAUUCAGCAUUGACUGAGGCAAUGCCUUCGUCUCUUGUGUUUGCCAUGAUGGCUCAAACACAUACUAAAACCACAAUUGGCUCUCUUAGCUCGGCACACACUCUUAGCAGCCAACAGACCAUGCUUGCUCCCACGCCUCAUGCAAUCUUAUCUUUCCCCAAGUCUCAUCAAAACAGAGGAAAGUACCUUGCGCACAAAUUUGCAUUAAAAGCUGCCUCUGUUGCUAUCCCUACUCCAUCCUCCAGCACCAGUGCUGAACAAACUACCAGUACCAGUGCUGAACAAACUACCAGUACCAGUGCUGAACAAACUACCAGUACCAGUGCUGAACAAACUACCAGCACCAGUGCUGAGCAAACUACCGGUUCAAGCGUUUUACAAACUACCACCACCAGUGCUGAACAAACCACCAGUGCAAGCGCUGAACAAAUCACCAGCACCAGUGCUGAACAAACUACCGGUUCAAGCGUUCAACAAACUACCACCACCAGUGCUGAACAAACCACCAGUGCAAGCGCUGAACAAAUCACCAGCACUAGUACUGAACAAACUACCAGUUCAAGUGCUGAACAAACUACCAGUUCAAGCGCUGAACAGACCACCAGUUCAAGCGCUGAACAAACUACCAGUGAAAUUGCUGAGCAAACUACGGGUAUAAGUUCUCAGCAAACUAUCAGUGUCGGCGCUUCGCCAACUGCUAGUAUACAAGACGCACAGACCACCAGUUCAAGCGCUGAACAAACUACCAGUUCAAGUGCUGAACAAACUACCAGUUCAAGCGCUGAAGAAACUACCAGUUCAAGCGUUGAAAAAACUGCCAGUUCAGGCGUUGAGCAAACUACCGGUUCAAGCGUUCAACAUACUUCCACCACCAGUGCUGAAAAAACUGCCAGUUCAGGCGUUGAGCAAACUACCGGUUCAAGCGUUCAACAAACUUCCACCACCAGUGCUGAACAAACUACCAGUUCAGGCGUUGAACAAACUAACGGUUCAAGCGUUCAACAAACUACCAACACCAGUGGUGAACAAACCACCAGUGCAAACGCUGAACAAAUCACCAGCACUAGUACUGAGCAGAAUACCAGUGCAAGCGCUGAACAAAUCACCAGUAGAAUUGCUGAGCAAACAACGGGUACAAAUUCUCAACAGACUACCAGUGCCGGUGCCUCGCCAACUGCUAGUACACAAGACGAGCAGACCACUGGCACAAGCACAGAUCAAACUGCUAGCACAGGCACUCCGCAAGCUAUCAGUGGAAUCGCUGAACAAACCACGGGUACAAAUUCUCAACAAACUGCCAGUGCCAGUGCCUCGCCAACCGCUAGUACACAAGCCGAGCAGGCUACUGGUACAGGCACUGACCAAACUGCCAGCACAGGCACUCAGCAAACUACCAGCGCGAGCGCUGAACAAACAACCCGUUCAAUCGCUGAACAAACUACAGGUACAUAUUCUCAGCAAAUUUCUGCUGAGCGGACUACUACUGCCAAUUCUCAGCAAAGUACCAGUGCUGAUACUCAACCGGCGGCGAGUCUUGAUGACCUACAUUUUGCUAGCACAAAAGAUGAGCAAACAACGGGUACAAAUUCUCUACAAACCGCCAGUGUUAGUGCCUCGCCAACUGCUAGUGUACAAGACGAGCAGACCACUGGCACAAGCACAGAUCAAAGUGCUGGUACAGGCACUCCGCAAACUACCAGUGGAAUCGCUGAACAAACCACGGGUACAAAUUCUCAACAGACUACCAUAGUUGGUGCUUCACCAACGGCUAGCAUACAAGACGAGCAAACCACUGGUACAAGCACUGAUGUAAUUGCUAGCACAGGCGCUCAGCAGACCACCAGUGUGAGCGCUGAACACAGUAAUAGUGGUAUCGCUGAGCUAACGGGUACCACAGGCGCUCGACAAACUACUAGUGUCGGUACCUCGCCAACUGCUAGUACACAAGACGAGCAGACCACUGGCACGAGCACCGACCAAACUGCUAGCACACGCACUUCGCAAACUACCAGUGGAAUCGCUGAACAAACUACGGGUACAAAUUCUCAACAGACUGCCAGUGUCGGUGCCUCGCCAACUGCUAGUACACAAGACGAGCAGACCACUGGUACAGUCACUGAUCAGACUGCUAGUACGUACACUCAGCAAACUACCAGCGCGGGCGCUGAACAAACAAAAAGUGGAAUCGCUGAACAAACUACGGGUACAAAUUCUCAACAGACUACCAGUGUCGGUGCCUCGCCAACCGCUAGUACACAAGACGAGCAGACCACUGGUACAGUCACUGAUCAGACUGCUAGUACAGGCACUCAGCAAACUACCAGCGCGGGCGCUGCACAAACAACCAGUGGAAUCGCUGAGCUAACGGGUACAAGUUCUCUACAAACCACCAGUGUCGGUGCCUCGCCAACUGCUAGUGUACAAGACGAGCAGACCACUGGCACAAGCACAGAUCAAACUGCUAGUACAGGCACUCCGCAAACUACCAGUGCGAGCGCCGAGCAAACUAGUAGCGCUAUCACUCAGCUGAUUACCAGUGCUGGUGUCCAGCAGACUAUCAGUGUGGGUUUACCGUCUACGACCGCCGUUAAUAGCGGUAGGCAAACGUCCAGUGGGUACGUGCAGCAAAGUGUUACCAACAGUGAACUGUCUUCUGCGAAUACUAUAUCAUCAGGUAACACUGGUGUUGAGCUAACGGCUAGCACCGAUCAUCAACAGACGAGAAGCGCUAUUACUCAGCAAACUGCCAGCAUUGGUACUGAGCAAACAAGUAGCACUGGGGUGCAGUCAACUUCCCCUACAGAGAUCCAUUCUUCGACUGACAGCUUUUCCGCGCUCGUAAGGACUUCAAGCAUGAAUUCGAUUUCGGGUGGGAUAGAACAGCCGAGCACUACUGGCUUUUCAGUAUCUGUACAAUCAAGCAGCUACUCUCCAGGCCCUACAACGGGUACGUUGAUGAGUUCGGUUUUGAAUGAAAGGCAGUCUGGGAGCAGUGGACUAAGGAGCACAGCAGCACCGACUAGUGGAGUGCUCGCUACUGAAACGUCUUCUAAUCCCAGCUCCCAAAUCGAAGUAUCAGAUCGUUCAUCACCUACCGCCACACAAAGUGUAGAUCCGACAAAUACAGGGAGCGUACAGCAGUCGGCAUCGGGCGUGUUCGAGACUACAUCCGCGCAGAUUACAGUAAGCCCCUCUGAAGUAUCCCAAACUGUGGGCACACAAAACUGGCUCCCCUCAAAUCUUGUAACAGCGUCAGCCGUAGGUAGCGCAAACUCUCAAUCAAGCUUCGAUAUGAAGGCUACCGCAACUCUGCCCCAAGUUAUACUACCGCCAACGGCUGUUGCAAAGCCUGAAAAUUACUCACAAAUUACCGUGGGAUUUAAGAGGUCCCUUAACUAUCCUUUUUUGAUCGACAAUCCGCUUGCUUCAGCUCAAAUUUUUAGCUUUCUUCCCGACAUAUUACGGUAUCCUUUCGUUCGCUUGCGAGAUCAAAAAAAUGGUUCCGCACAAACGAAUACGAAACGAGGUCUCAGUGGCUUGAAAAAUGUAUUUGAAGGCGUAAAUAAUCCUGAUCUUGAAGGCUCGGAAUCGACUGACCGGAAUAAGCGUCAAUUAGACAACUUAAAGACUCUAGAUGACUCCGAGGCAUUCAGAGCAAACUAUUCGGAUGUUGCUGUCAGCUCCAUCGUGCCGCUAAUUAUGCCUGAUGACACUUAUCUCAGCUCCAUCGCGGUGGUUUACUUUCCUACGGUUGCGGUCGAUAUUUUGCAAAGAAUGAUCUUGAACAAUGAGUCCAGGAUAUACUCAAAUCCUGAUCAAUCUUUGAGGUCUCUCUCGCUCUUGAUUGACCCAACCAUUCCUCUCACUGGAUUGAUAAGCUCCGAUGGUUCUUCUGGAAGUGGCAGUCAAUCUGGCAAUUCCGGGUCGCCUUCAGGUUCUAGCGGAUCUGGUUCUGGCAGCUCCAAUCCUAACUCUAAUAGCGAUGAUAACGAAGAUGGCGGCAAUUCAGGGGUUUUGGAUGGAUAUGGGCUUUUCAAAAGCACGUUUGGUAGUACAAAAAGAUUACUCAUAUUCCUACCGGUAUUUCUCUUCUUCGUUGUCUCGUGGAUUUUAUUGUCUUUAUUCAUAUUUGGUCGUUUACUGAAACUUGAGCCUUUUCGUGAAAAGGCAAAUGGGUUAGGUAAAAAAUGGAACGUCGAUGAUAAAGCAUUGGCCGCAUAUUUCAUGUCUUCGCAUGCUCGUGGAUUACGGCGUUCUUUAGACCUCGAAAAGUAUAUCGGUGGUACCCACGAUAUCAACAGCGAUAGUAGUUCAGGACUUGUUGAUGAAGACGACUUGAUACUUGUAGGUGACAAUAUUGUGUUCAGCAAAAGUACUGGAUUACAUUACCAGGUUGAUGACGAAGGAAACUUCUAUUAUGCUGGGAAAGCUGGGGAAAGUGAGCCUUCGGUCGCAACAAACAGCAAAGGAGCGGCCGGGGAGGCAUUGAAUCACGAAAGUUACGAUGGCGAAAGGAACUCUCGAGCGAGAUCUCAACCUCCAAAUGAUCAACCCGGGUCCAUCAGGACCAUGAAAUCUCAACGCGGCUCCGACUUGGACGAGCUUUUGGUAGAUGAAGAAGGAAACGUGGAGCUAUCUGUUCUCGAGUUUGAAUGCCUAUCGCUCGACGAGCAUAACACCGAUACCUUUGAAAGCUAUAAUAAUCAACAAUACUACAAGUUAAACCGAUUCUUGAAUAUGUCCGACGCGGCUAUUGAAGAGGCUGAUUCGAAUCUAAAAGAUGUUGAAACCAAAGAUCAACACAUUGGGCCUGAGGGUGAAAUCGAGCCUACGCCGCUCUCCAGCGAAAGUUCCAACUUAAUAGGACAGCUUUCGGUUAAAGAUGACAACCUUGAAGACUAUUUUUACAGUGAAGAUGGAUUGAGAGAAAACCUUAUUGUUGAGCCUUACCUUGAGCAACAUCAUGGCAGUGAUGAGGCGGAAGAAAACGACGAGAAUAUCGAAGAUGAUGAAAACGAUGUCGAAGAUCUUGAGUUAGACUCUGACUCUUUAGGAGAGGAAGAUGAUGACGAUGAGGUUAACGACGUUCAUGUAGGAGAAUUUGACGAGCUUGAUGAAAUGAUGUAUCGUCGCCUGUCUAGUGUAAGUGGGCUAGCAGGAUUGCUUGGCGGAUCGUCGAGUUCUAACACGUUCAAAAGUGGGCUCCUUGUUCAACACUCAGGUACCAUUCCUUCUUCGCAUGGGAACAGCAGGUCUGCCUCUACGGCGUCUGACGAAAUAUUUCGCAGCUCUAACGCAAACAAACCACAAACUAGACGGACGUCUGGCUCGGCUAGCCACAGCGGACAAGAGACUGCUCGUGGUAAUCAGGCUCCACCGGGAAGGCCUCCAAGGCCUAAUUCUAUCAUUAGCUUUGAAAAAAGUAAUAUAGACGAAGGAAAUGCUUCUAUGAAAAACCCCGCAAUUGCGAUUGCAAGCAAAGAUUUGAGAGGCCGUUCUAAGGAAAAGGUUUCUUGGCAAAAUACUGGCCCCUCUUCGUCAUGCGUAAGUGGCAAGCCGGGUCUUGAGAAAUCGGAAGAAAGUGAGCCUCAGGAACGAUCUCAAAGCGUGUCUAUGUCUCGAAAAGAAAAAUCCAAGAGAGCGAGUUUCCGUCUAUCUGUGGUCGGAACUCUUCAAAGUGCCAAAAAUUUCCACCAUGGUGGUCGCAAGAGAUCUUCCACUGUAAAUGAUGUUGGCCCCCACGGCCAUACGAAAAACGAUCUGGACAAAAUCCGAAUUUCGGGCCCGAUCUCAUCGGAGAAUUCCCUGGGUUGGUCCCAAAUUUAG